AUAAGGUGGACGAGGGACGAGAGGACGGUAUACUCUUGGCUUUACAUUACUGUGAUCCUGAAUGUAAGUGAUUCUUAUCGGUUAUCACAAGCCCAGCACAUCCAGGAAAAUGAAAAAUAUGUCUUAGUUGAAGUCUAAGAUGAGUAAAACACUACUCUUUCUAAAUGGACAACCGGUGAUCUUGACAAGUGAGGGAACAGAGUCAGUUGUCCAGGACAACACCGCCCUCGCGUCAUCAAUUGAAGGACAAGGAAAUGUUGAAUCACACAAUAAUGCAAAAGCAAUCUUUGAUCCUGGAAUGGGAAACAAGCUCACUCACCCUUCAGGAGCUAGACUGGAGGAGUCUGAGAAUCUUGGAGAUAACAUAAGACCUAAUUCAGUUCAGGUCAAAGUUAAUGGCAGAGAAGUGCCUGGGUUUAUGCUUCCACAAGAUAAGACAGGAACUGUUCAUAAAGUCAUAGGUCAAACUCUUCACCAGUCAAAGGUUGAUUAUGGAUUACUCUCACCAGAAAAAAUUGCAAAUGUUAAUGUUCCAGAAAAGGGAAAUGAAGCUGAAUCUGGAGCAAUUUUACAGCUUCACAAUGCACUUGUACAGAGAGUCAUUACAAAAGAAUCAAAUUUUGCUGAUGCAGGUGAAGAGAGCUGUGGAAGUGAUGUGUUUACUCUGUCAGCAAAUACUCAACUUUUACACUCUCAUGUAGAGGGCAGGACAGUAGUUGGUAGUCAGGAAGAUAGCUCUGUAGAAAGCCUUCAGAAUAUUGUGAGACUUCCUAUUGUUUCAAGCCAGAUGCAAGUUGAUGGCCAAGGUGUAAAUAUAGCUACAGAUCAAGGCCAAGUUAUGCAUGUAGGUACAGAUGAGAGCCAGGGACAGCCAAGGAAUAUGUCUACAAUAGUUGCCAUCAUCCAGGGAGAAGAUGGUUCUACCCAAACUAUUGAGCUUUCACCCGAAGAGGCUUGCAAACUUAACCUUCAACUGCUUGGUGGAAAUGUUGGUGCUGAGCAAAACCCAGUUCAUCCUUCACCAGUGAAACUUCAGGAAUUGUCCACACCUCACCUAAACCUGGCAACUGACCAGAAAAACCAAAUAACAGAAAUUGACAACAAUAGUGAGGGUUUAGAAGGAGGUACUUCAUCUGUAUUUCCCGAGGAGGAUAGGCAUGAUGGGAUAGGUGGAAAUGGUUCUUGUGACAUAUCAACUAGCGAUGCAGAUGUUAGUUUAGGACCUUUUCUUUUAAUCCCUGAGUAUAAUGCUGAUGGUAGUAUUUCCAUGCUCCAAAUAAGAGGUUCAGAUUCUGAUGUUUCUUCCGAAGUAUCAGUUCCAGAGCCCCUUGAUUCCAACUCGGUUUCAAUAAGUAAUGCACAGUUUCAGCCUUCAAGAGACACUUCUGAGAAAACUUUAAUGUCCUUUCCUCGUUCAAAUCAAAAUGUGCCGGUCAGUACUCACCAGCAAGCCAAGAAACACAGUAACAUUAAACCAAAACACAUCGACUGGAAGGCUAUUGCUCCAAAAUCAACACCUAGAGUCCCUGGUAGUAUGUAUCUACGAGACAUAGCAAAGCGGACUAAGUUCAGAAAUCUAAUAUCAUUUUUGGACACUAAACAAACCUAUCAGGAUAUUGAGAUAAAAGCAGAGGAUAUGGAAACCGUAACACCUACUACGUUGAGUGCAUCAAUAGCAGGGCUCUCUAAUGCAGUAAAUGUAUCACCCCAAGCCUUAGUAAUACCAUCUUCUGCUGGAUUUACCUUAGGUACCAGUAGUGGGCUGUUAAGAAGUCCAUCACCACUUCUGGCUGAGAGAGGAGUGACACCUCCCAUAAAAGUUGAAGAUGUAGCAUUGCAUCUGUCCCACCAUCCUUCGUCAAAUUCAGUUCUACACAACGAACAUAAGACUCAAUUAAAAGAGGAAUCAUCAGUGUGCAGUGACAGAGCCCUUACCAUUAAAGUCAACACUGGACCCAUAUCUGUGACUGACUCCACAGUUUUCACUACAGCUUCAUCUACAACACCAGAUCCUUCCAUCAAGUGUGAAGAAUCAACGGAGGCCCUGGCAGGCUGUAGUCAGUCUAACUCAAACCCUCCGAGCCUGAUUACUAUCGUGUAUUGUUCAUCUGGAGGGGAUGAAACCCCCCUCACAGUGCACCUUCCAGGGGUUGAUAACACGAAGCCUCUUGGGUCUAGUGAGAACCCAAUACAACUUGUGCAGCAGGGUAAUACAUUUCAGGCUCUGCAGCCUGUUAAAGAGAGACAGUUAGAACAGAUUACAACCUUACUGCAGCAGAGCCGCAUCACUGCACCACCUACCGUUCACCAUGAUGAGAUAUAUGAUCCAAAAACUAAUAUGAAAAUUGUCUACAAGGUUGUGUUUCCUGAGGGCAUCCUUCAUGGAGAAGAUGAUGAUGAUGAAAGCAAGGAUGACAUCUUGUGGGAUGCCCGGCUGGGAUUGCUAGAAGAAAAGCGGAAGGGAAGAAAAUCAAAGGACUGGAGAAAAAUUAAGCUACAUGAAGAAGAGGAAAUUGAUGUUGAGAUAAUGGAUGAAAACGAAGAAAGGAAAAAACCCAUUGCUCGCACACGCUCAGGACGUAUAUCAAGACCACCGCGUCACAUGGUGAGGGAUUUCAAACAUCUCCACCCUAUUAAUUUCAAUGAUGAUGACAAGGACAAGGAUACUCCUAGCAUUGGUUAUUCAGACUAUGCUGAGCACCACCAGCCUGAACCUGAGGAGAAACCACCAGUGCCAGCCAUUAUUGAGUUGCCUCGGCGGAAGAAGCGAGAGGUGCCUGCUUUAACUCGUCUUCGCUACACUUGUCUGACAUGUGGCAAACUGUACAUGGGACGCAUGGAAGCCCAUUACCAAAAAUUUCCUGACCACCGCCGAGAGCACCCACUUUCCCCAAGUGACCUUAAGCAGUCAUAUUCUGCCAUUAAGACUUUAUCAGAUUCUUCAAAGCUCAUUACAGAUGAGGGUAGUGAAAUUAACAAAUCUGUCCUGAGUCCCACCCCAGGAACCCAGGCCUCUGAGACCAGUGGAGAACCUAGUUUGCCCAUGGAAACGCUUACCACCCAACCCAUUAACACCCCAACCAGCUUACACACACAACAGCAGCCAAGCACUAGUUCACAUGAGCCUCAGUUUGAUGUCCCUACUGAGUUGAAUUCGGUAAAACCAAGCCGAGGCAGAGGUCGUAGAGGAAGAAGAGGACGUCGCAGUAGAGGAAGGGGAGCAAAGUUUGGUGGGCCAGGAAGAAGUGCAGUGGCAGCUUCGAGUAACCCUCCAGCCCCAGUAGCUUCCCCUUUAAAUAUGCUGGAAAAGAUCCUUAGUGGCUACAAAUCCGAAGACAUCCAGAAAGCAGUUGGGAAACGUUUGGUAGAGAAUUUAACUCCAUGGCAACUACUCUGCUUUCAAUCUGAGGGUAAAGAUGCAAAUGGUGUACAUUGCUCCUGGCAGAACAGGUUAAAUAUUUUACUAAACCUUUUCAAAGAAUGCAAAGAAGACUUUGAAAGACACUUGGAACCCUUACCAGAAGCUUCAUGUAAUAGAAGUCAAGAGUCUGCACACAAAGAAACUCAAUCUUCUGCUUUAACCAAACAACUAGAAUAUUCUGCCCCAAGUAUUCUCAAGACUGAUUUGGAUCCAGAAAAUGAUGUUCUGCUACAGCCUUCAGAAUCCAAGAAUCAAUCAUUGUACAGUAAUAAUGAUAAUUUAUUUAAUGACGGUGAAGCUGACCAGGUUGUUGCUGACGAAUCUGCACGGGUGAAUAGUGUUAAGGUAUGUGAAUAUCUUGCUAGCUUCCUGGGAGUUACUUCAGGUCUUUACAGGCCAAAGGAACAGUCAAAGACACAGUCGUCACCCAUUCUUUGUGCUGUUGCUUCCACCUCAGGAAUAAGAGAAAAUUUUUUGUCAAACCUGACAAACCCUGGUUCAGUAAAACGCCAUUUGGACUUGGAUGAAAGUGCUGUUGGUGAAACAUCAUCAAAGAGAAUCCAAAGAGAUGCACAAGGAAGUGAAGAAAUUUUGGAACAAAAGAGUACCAUUGCACUUAAUAAUGAUCAAAGUGCACACUGUGACAUUGCAGAAACUGAUGUUUGCACAUAUCCAAAGAAAGUUGAGGAGAGGGACAGUGUUGAUAAUGUCAGCAAGGUCCUUGAGGAUGCUACCCGUAAUUUGGAUCUAUCAUCUUAUAAUCUUUCUUCACAGAUUUCCUCCGAGAAUGAUUUAAAUCCUAGUCAGUUACAAACAUCCAUAUCAUCAACAUCAACAUUGUUGACUACAUCUGAAGGGACCACAAGUUUAUCUACUACUCUCUCUGCCCCACAUUUCCGUAUAUCACUGAAUAAUGAGGGUGUUUCUGUGAGUGACACCACCUUGACUAUGAGCCACACAGCUCCUUGUGUCACGCACACAUCAGCAGUCACCAAUGUAACCUCAAGUUUGCCUAUAGAAGUCCCCCACUUUGCCAGCCAUAACAAUAACUCUGUUUCUGCCAUAUCUUCUUGUAUCCCAUUGUCAAGUAUAGAUACUUCCCUCAUGCCUACCUCUACAAUACCUCAGGUAAAUACAAUACAACAGAUGCCUCUAGGUGACCUAGACAUUACUGCAGAAGAUCUACCACGACUGCUGAGUGAAGGAACAGGGCUAGUGGUUGGUGGUAGUAGUGAUGGAGAUGCCUGUGAUGCACCAAAACUACUGGACACUUCAGGAGACACUACUGACCUGAGUGAGAUGCUUUUCAAGCUUCAAGAAGCUACAGCUGGAAUUAGUCAGAGCCAGGACCCUAACCUUGGCCCACCUGUUUAUCAGGAGCACCUUAUGACAUCAUCACAGCAAAUGGCAUCUCAAAGUCUUAGAACUCAUUCUGAAGUUGCUCUUCCUUCUCAAGGAUACAGUGCAGUAGGACAAACAAUAAAUCCUCACUCUACGUCAAAUUUGAGCUUAAAAUUAGACACGACACAGGUAAAUAAUGAGCCAUCAAUGCCCCGUCUCACAUUCACGGGAGCACUGCAUACUAGUUCCGAUUUUCAUAGCACUUCUGAUAUGACACAGUCCAUCAAUGUCACUGAAGACAAUGGGAAAGUACAGCAAGUUCUGCUCAACCAGGCAAGUAAUCAGCAACAAAAUGUAAACAUAGACCAAAGUGAAACAAGUUUAGUGGGUGACAGAGAAAGGUUAAACAUUGGGUUUAGUGUUUCUGGGUUAGGAAGCAAUGAGUUUGAGGAUCUACUUAAAAGAUAGUUCCAUUUCUAAAAUUUCAUAUGACAUCCUGUAAACUUUGUAGUGUGUUGUGUUUAGAAUUCUAUCACAGCCUCAAAACAAAAUUUUGAAGGUUCUUCAUAUUUGUACAUUCCAACAUACUCACCCAUUCAUUUUUCACUCCAGUUUGCCUUUGAUCUCAUCUUUCAUCCACUCAUCAGUAUUUUUUAGUGAAGAAUUAUUUGUUAAUGUAAUCAUUUAAACCUCAAAAUAUUUUGUUCCCCUUUCUUCACUUCAUGAAUUACAGACAUUGUCUAAUUUUAAUGACCAUAUCAUAUGAAUGACCUUAUAAUCAACUUCACAUACUUAAUAUUAAGGAAGGACUUUAUUUUUAAUAUCCAUAAAUAUAGAUGAAUUCUUUGUUGUCUAAAUAAGUUUAUCUGGUGGCUGGUCAAGUGGCCCCCCUAUCCUAAUAGACCUCGACCAAACCUAAGCAAUAGGUUUUGGGCUGCUUAAGACUGGGUCACUUUCUUAGUGGUUAGAUUGGGACCUAUUAGGAUUAUCGUGCAUUUGAUCAGCAACCAUUCAUCAAACAUUGUUAGUGAGAAAAUUAUAGACUUCAGAUAUUACCCAGUACAUUAUAAGUUUUGAAUGCCACAAACAAACUACAGUAUGUAAUACUGUAGUUUGUUCAUCCCAUGCCUGUUAAGUGUCAGGCUAAAAAUUUAAUAUACAGUUCUGUAAUGAACACGUGACUACCUAAAAUGGGAAGUCGUCUUACAGAUGUAUUUAAGAAUUUUGCACAAAGUGUAAUUCCCAUUAUGUUUAGUUAUUAUGAAAAUUCCUUUUACAAAUUUUUCUUUUGUGAAAUGAAAUUUAAUAUUAUUGCCUUGCCAAUUCUGGUUCACAUCUGAUGCAUACAAACCUAUAUAACCUAUUACUGUAUAGUUGAAUUGGAAUGGUAAUGUUUAAAUAUUUCCAGCUCUGUAUUAUGACUGAUGUACAGUAGUUGACUUACCCUACUCUACAUUCAUUACAGAAUUACUAGCAUGGUUAGGUAAGUGUCCAUAUUUCCUUGUGUGCAGUCUCACAUAUAAAUGUGGAGAAUCUUAUUUUUACGUCUUACUAAUUAGGUAUCCCUCGCGCAAGCUUCAUGGUGCUCAUAUUGCCAUCAUAUUCCCCCCUCCCCCCUCAGCCAUAUUUUUUUGGAUGAUAGCUCAAGAACAACUUCAUGGAUUUGCUCUGAAGGUGCAGCACAAUUGAAUUGGUGUAUUGUAGUGUAUACCAUAUUAAUUUUGGGAGUUGUUCCUCUUUGUUGGUCAUUACAGGAAAUGUGAAGUGCAGCAGUUGAGUGGAUACAGCAUUUGCCUCCUGUUCCAAGGGUCAGUGAUUCAAUUCUCAGGUGCUUCCAGUUCACCCAACUGUAAUUGGGUACCUAAGUUUACAACUUGGGGAAGUGAAGGCGGUCGAGAGCAGUACCGGUCAUGCUGCCUCCUUGUGUACCGAAAGCUUAGUACAGGCAGUCCCCGACUUACGACAGGAUACUUUCCUGGACCCUGAUCGUAAGUCAAUUUGUUGGUAAGUCAGAACAAUGUUAAUUCCUUAGUUUAGGUUAGGUUAAAGCACAACCCUGCCCAUACAUAACAAAUAAUGUAAAUGCUGUAAAUAAAGUGAUGUUAAACAAUAUGGAAUAAUGAAAAUAAUAUAAAAAAUGGGAAUUUAAUUAAAAUUUUUGGCGAUGAAUGGGAUCCUGUUUGUAAGUGCUGAUGAUCGUAAGCCAGACAGCUGUAACUUGGGGACUGCCUGCAUACAGUGUGCUGUAUCCACACUGCCCUGAAUGGAUAGUCAUUUGUGCCUAUGGGAUCAACUUUCACUUUUUUCGCAGCCUGUUUCCAGGCAGUAUAUAUCAAUAAAUGCCUGGACUCAUUUGCUUCAUUUGACAUCAUCAUUUUUUCGUACCAUUUGAUGUGUUGUAUCAUCAUCUUUGGAGUUACUCUUCCAUGGGAAUUAAUAUUCUACAAUUUGUGGGGUUUUUUGCAUUGUUUCUAGACAGUAUUGUAUCUCCCAAUGCUUGAAUUGAUUUACGGGUACUUCAAAAUUGGUACAUGUGAUCUGGGGAUCUUGCAGUUCAAUGCAGUGUACUAGAGCAGUGGUUCUUAAACUUUUUCAUGUGGCAGACCCCUUUGGUGAGUCGAUUCAUUUUCUGUGGAUCCCUUUAAAAAAAAGUGCUUAUGGGCUAAAAUAUGUUCCCAAAUUAUUUAUUAAGUGUUUGACUGGACCUUGAUUAGGUGUCAUAUGGAAUUUAAUCCAGAAAGGUUACAGUAAUUUUUAUGGCUCAGUCAUUACUGUAUUGAGGGUUCACACUUAUAAUUGGGACACACAAGAUGCAAUGGUGAUCUACUGAUAUAAUUUUCACUAGAUUCCUUGGGUCUGGCAUUUUCACGGUGAAUGUCUUGCCUUCGUCUUCUACAUUAAAUUUACUCUGUUAAUUAUAACUCUUGCUUCUUGUGGUAGUUGACACCUCUUUUCCUUAUGUGAGCACCCAACUCCACUCCUGCUCCAUAAAGUUCUUUGACUCCCUGGCAUCACUGGAGGUGAUAUACAAUCCCUUAGACACAGCGGCGGAUGCUGCAUCACCUGGGGUAGCUGUGUGGUGAGUGCAUGUACUAUGCUCCAACUCUCAUGUUUAACUCCAAAAGAAAGGGGUUUUCCUCAUCUUCCAACAGCUCGUUAUCCUCUGAACGAGGGAAGCUCCCAUUAGUUCACCAAAAUCAUAGAAGGGAUCGGUUGUUACGCUCUCCCAAGAAUUGAUGCUGCUUGGCCGGACAUAAUAGAGGUGACACUGUCAUAAACCUAGACACUGUACUUAGAUUUCAAUGAGGGAAUUAUCUUGAAAUCCCAUAUUAUAACAGAGCCUAGAUUGAGCGACUCGGUUUCCUCCCACGACUGAGGUAAGAUGAACCAAAGGUUAAUUUUGAGCAGCAGCAACCCUUGUAUCUGCAGUCUCCUUAUCAGGAUACAGUAAUUGGUUUGAGGGAUAGCAUAACCAAUUUUCAGAUGUCAAUCCUUAUACUAAUAUGGCACAUAUAGACUUCUUAAUUUAAUGGGUUUUCGAGGUUUAUCCUUUUUGGAUAAGUGAUGUGAUUUGGUGUCCAAAAUUUGUGUGUUGAGAGUUAUUCACUGGGAAUCUGGGGACAUGGAGAAAAUUGGUCUACCUUUCUUAAUAAUUAUAAUUUGGGAUUUUCUUUUGGUGUGUUUUCAUGCCAGAGUACCUGUUCCUAACUCACAUUUUGGUCCUGUUUGGAGAACCUCCCCACUAGACCUACUCUUCAGACUGAUUUUGGCGAGUGUGAACUCAGCUUUAAUGCCUUUCCUGUCUUAAAUCCUGUUGUCUUAUGUGUGCAUUAAGGGUUCCUCCUCCUUUGCUGUCAUCUGGCAUGGGUUUCCGUGAUUCAUAUUCAGAAUUUUGUUUUUAUCUGCAAUGAUUUUUAAUACAGUAGUUAUAUUUAAUUUCCUUGGCAAAAGAAGAAUGUGAACAUGGUCUGGACUAAACAUCUCCCUUCUAAAUCUUGCUGGAAGGCUUGAGGCUUGAUGCUUUUGUAUUCUAUUGUGGCUCUGGUUAGUUUAGGGGCAGGUAAAAGAUUUAUUGAGGUGUUAAGACUUACUUUGAAACUCAUCAACAAUUGUUCCAAUCAUUCUAAAGACUGCAACCUCCUUUUAGCAUGAUUCUUUUUAGUCUUUUGGUAGGUUAACACUUGUAAACAAUUUGCAGUCAAUUAACUAUUGUAAGCUGUAGGCAAACUCCAGACUGAUGUUUAAAGAACAUCUAUAUGGUCAUGUUUUUAUGCCUUUGUAUGGGGAUUUUUUCAUUCACAAAAUAUUUCAUAUAUUUUUCAGAAAUUUUAAAUAUAUACAGUACUACUGUACCUGUGUUGGCAGUUGAAUGUUAGGUAUACCGUAUGUACUGUGUAUACUGCACAGUACUUUGUUAUGUCAUAGUGAAAAUACAUGCACAGGAUACAAUAUCUUUCUUCAUAUGACUCCUUGUAUAAUGUCAUCACAAACUUAGUAACAUUAUCAGAGAUAUGUACUGCUGAUUGUGGUCCCCCCCCCCCCACACACACACACAAAAUGCAGUACAGUACCAUGCCUUUUUCUUUUGGACUCUAGUCACUGUUAUGGAGGUAAAAUUACCUUCAUUAUAUUUUAUUGUGUUCUUUUAAAUAACUGCUUCGUAUAACACUGCUGUCUAGGAAAAUUUUUUUUCUUCUGAAUAUAAAGUUUGCAGACUGCCUAUUUUAUUACAGUAUAUGUUCUUUUUUUAUAUGUAUCUGAGUGAAAAAACCUCAUCUACUGUAUAUAGAUUUAUGAUGUAAAACUUUACUCAUAAGGAAAGUCUGACUCCAAUUAACAUCCCACAGUUGAAUUUAAUCAAAGCAUAGUCGGGGUCCUCAUUAUCCAUGGUUAAUUGGGACCUGAAAAACGCCUCUGAUAACGAAUCCGUUUAAAGCGGGGAAUUAAUCCUAUAAGAAAUAAUGGAAAUAGGUCAAAUUGGGACCAUGGCAGUGUACACGACACUCAAAAAAAAAUACUGUAUAUAUAUAUUUUAACAAUUAUUUACCUAAGAAACAUUUAUGAAACAUUUGAUAACACAUUAUUUAAAGAAAUCAUUUAACUUGGUUAUUUAACAUCCUUAAAGUUCAUUGGGGUCAGUGUGUUGAGGCAACAUAGGUUGUGUCAGCGACCCGGUGGUUUGCAGCAACCAUUGCUAGUGGGCACUCACCCUAGUGGUUCAUUGAGACAAAAUACUUAUUAUAAUGUUAAGAAAUAAAUAAUAAUACUGUAUAAUCAAAUAUUUUUAUUUAUUUAGCUUCAAAGGUAGAGAUGUUUGGCUUGAUUGGAUUGAUGGAAGUGUGUGUUGGGGGAUGGAGGAUUAGUCAGAGGAUGAAAAAGAAACGGUACUAGGUGGAUUGUCCACUCCCACUCUUCUUUCGCAUAAUCACUUCUAAUUUUACAUCUAUGCUACAGCUAGUGUGCUUCCUUUUGAGUGCUGCACACCCUGUUUGGGUUGGGAACUCCUUGCUACAAAAAAUUAUUAAAUAAUUCACCACAACAUGCAUGAAAAGACACAAGAAAGGCAGGAGUAAGCACAACACAGCACUGGUCUGGACGAAACAAAGUGGGAGACUGGCGCAGGAACAUGUGUGUGCAUGCAUGAUGCCAGGAAGAGGAUGAAAUUUCAUACACUUCUACUAAAAAUCCGUAGAGUUUAUCGGGAGUUUUAAAUUCGUAGAGUUUAUUGGGAGUUUUUAAUUCGUAGAUUUUAUCCGGAGUUUUUGAGUGGAAUCCACUUAAAUGUGGGGACAUUUUACAUGGAUGGUCACAAAAAGUUGACCACUUAACUGUGAAACCUCAGAUAGUGAAUACCCUUAUGACGAGGACCUCCUGUACUGUAUAAUUAUGAAUUUUUGGGUGUAAUUUAUGUGCAGUGUUAAGUUUUCCAUUACACUUGUAUUGAGUGGAACGCAUAUAAUUAUUUUGAAAGUUUCACUAUACGCUCAGGAUGUAUAAGAUAAAAUUUAUACAGUACCAUUUUUUCCUUACAUCUUGUAUAUUAAUAAGAAUUUUUUGAGUGUGAAAUUAACUCAUGCACUCAUCAAGGUUCCACUACCUUUAGAACCAUUCUUUAAUUUCCAGAAAAAAAGAUGUGUUAACUAAAGAAGGUAAAUCCCCUUUAAAAUCUCAGACAAUGUUCUGAUAAACAUCUAGUGUCGAAUAAUUCCAGAGACCUCUUAAUAUUUCAUUAAUUUCUCAAUGCUUAUCACUAAGUACUGUAUUUGCUUCCUAUAGGUUUUGGAUAUAGAUUCUUUAUGUUCUGUUGUUAAACCAGUUCAGCACAUUCCACCUUAUUUUGACUGUUAAAGAAAUGAGACAUUGAAUGAAAUUUAAAAAAAUGCUGCUGCUGUAAUCCCCCUCCCAGCUUCCUUUUCCAUCUUCAAUAGGUCUCUUGUUCUUCGUUCUAGAAAUGGACACUGUUUCAUUAUCAGUAUAAGACAUGGACAGCUUUUUCAUGAGUGUAGCAUAUGUUCCUCUGCUUGUGAAGUAUGAUAUCUUACAUGGCUAUUCAUUAGGAACGUUUUGGGUAAGUGUCAGACUGAUUUAGGAAGUCACUUGUCCAAUCUAAGGAGUACUGUACUGUACUACUAUACUGAAAAAAUUUCCCUCAAACAUGUUCAGGGUUUGACUGUAAUAAUUGCUCUGUACCAAUAAUUUGAAUUGCAAAAAAACAACAGCAAUGUAAUGAAAUAAAAUCAGCUUUGUUCCCUUGGUGUGGAAAUAUAGUUUGUAUAGUUGUACAUAAUACUUCCUUGUAUAAUUAUGUUUUCACUCAUAAUUAUGUUGGUGAGAACUUGAUAGCUUUAUGUAUGAAUAAUCUCACAUGUAUAUCUGAUUAAUGAGGGUAAUAUGUUGAAAAACAAACAAAAACAAUAGGCUUGAAUUACGAUCACUUACUGUCUACCAAUUAAAUGUUCUUAAUUUUUUUUUAUUGUACCUAGCAUUAAGGUUGUGUAAUCAGUACUUUCUGAUAAUGUCAAGGGCUGUGGUCUCACAUUAUCUUAAUACUAAUGUGUACGCACAUUUGAAAUACUCAUUAAUUGCAAUAUACCAGUGAAACUAACCAUGUGUACAAUAUAUAUAUACAGUAUAUAUAUAUAUAUAUAUAUAUAUAUAUAUAUAUAUAUAUAUAUAUAUAUGAAGUACUGAGGCUUUUUAGAUUGUGUAUUUGAAUGAAGGUUUAUGAUUUCUGGGUGCAUUAAAUGUACUCUUGCCUGUGGUCAGGAUUAAAUUGUGGCUUUGUAGUCCAGUAUCAUAAAUUACUUUCCACCAGAUAAUGGGUUGUGCAGUGUGGUGCAGGUUUAGAAUUUUACAGUGGCCAUAGCCAUUACGGCUCUCAGACUGGCCAUGAUAUUCCUCGCAAAAAUACCCUCUUCAUAGGCACAGUGUUGUGCCCUUCUGUUUUGGUCAUUGGUCCCCUACCAUGAACUUCCAGGCCUGAUGUUGUGUUUCAUUUAGCUAAAUUGUCCUGUAUGAUGCAUAAAAAUUAAAGCAUAAUUCACAGUUGCAGAUAAACCAGAUUCAGUAACUAGGAAAGCUCAAAUUGUAUUCAAAUAACUUGUAUUGUAAGAAAAUUCUAAUUAUUUCGGUCUUUACAGGAAAUUUGGAUUGAUAUAUUGCUGAACAUUAGUUUUAGGCAUAACGAUAAACUGUAAAGAAUAAUAAAUGGUAUUAUAUAUUAAA